AUGACACUGAAAUAUCUCAUUACGGGAGCCACGGGGGGCCUCGGAGCUGGCGUGCUAUCAUACAUGGUUGCAAACCUUCCAGCGAGCGAAUAUGCCGCGGCAUCCUCGAGAGAGGAGAACCGCAAGCGGUUCGAGGACCAAGGUAUUGCCUUCCGAGUGGUGAACUACGAAGAUCCCCAAUCCAUGGAGUCCGCUUUCGAAGACGUUGAGAACCUAUUCUUUGUGAGCACCAAUACCUUCGAUGUUGAGAAGCGACGCAAUCAGCAUCAAAGCUUCGUGGACGCAGCCAAGAAGAUGAACGUGUGGUAUACAUCACUCGCGUUCGGUGGAUUUGAAUCCAACUCCAAGGCCGAUGUCCAGCAAGCCCAUCUGAUGACAGAGGAGAUGAUGCGCCAAGCUGAUAUCAACUUCACCUCGAUCCGCGAGGGCCUGUACACUGAUGCCUUCCCUGUCUUCAUGGGGUGGUAUCCGAACACGUCGACCGUCUACCUGCCCUCCGACGGACCGAUAGCCUUCACCCUGCGCGCAGAGCUUUCCGAAGCAACGGCACGGUUGAUGAUCCGCGGUGGCUAUGACCGAGAGAUUGUCCUCGUCACUGCACAAGAGAAUAUCACAUUCUCCGAGAUCGUUGAUCUUAUCAACGAGACGACCGGGCGCAAUGUUCAAUUCAAGCUUGUUUCUCCGGAAGAAUUCGUGGCGCUCAAGGCCGAGGACGAAGGCGGAAAGCCCGCGGGAUUCUUCAAGGCCUUGGUUUCGUGGUACGAUGGUAUUGCGAAGGGAGAGACUGCCGCGGUCGACCCUUUGAUGGUAGAUUUGUUAGGUCGGGAUCCCGUUAGCCCGAGGGAUGCGAUCCGGGGGAUGUUGACGGAAGAUAGGGACUAUAAAUGGCAUCAAAACUAUGCGAAACGUGGUUAG